CUCCAGCGGCACUGGCGGUGGCGGCCCAGUGCGCCUGCGUGCCUCCUCAGCAACUCCCGGUGCUACCCCAGUCAUCUUGGCCCGGCGGCUGCUCCGGCAGCAGCGAGACUCGGGCUACAGCCGCCACCGCCUCUCCUGCCCGCCAUGGGCUCCUGAGGAACAAGAGGAGAGAACCUGGAAAUUAAAGGGAGAGUGUGGAAUUUAUUUUCACCCAAGUCCAGUGUCCACCCGGCACCGAGGUUCACUUCCCACUCUCAGGGCUUCCCUAAGGGAAGCCAUUUCCACGAAGCACAAUGAUGGUGACCCAGGCUGUGCUGGCCCCUGAGCCAGCCUCCCCCCCGACCACAGCAGCACCCCCCAGCUUCUCCUGGAUCCCCAAGGGUAGCCCGACCGCUAUGGAGCAGCCUAUCUUCCUGAUGACCACAGCAGCCCAGGCUAUCUCUGGCUUCUUUGUGUGGACAGCUCUGCUCAUCACUGGUCAUCAGAUCUACAGGCACCUGUGCUGCUAUAGCUGCCCCAAUGAACAACGCUAUAUUGUCCGCAUCCUCUUCAUCGUGCCCAUCUACGCCUUCGACUCCUGGCUCAGCCUCCUCUUCUUCACCAAUGACCAGUACUAUGUGUACUUCGGCACUGUGCGUGAUUGCUAUGAGGCUUUUGUCAUCUACAAUUUUUUGAGUCUCUGCUAUGAAUACCUCGGAGGAGAAAGUGCCAUUAUGUCAGAGAUCAGAGGGAAGUCCAUCGAGUCGAGCUGCAUGUAUGGUACCUGCUGCCUCUGGGGGAAGACUUACUCAAUUGGCUUCCUCCGAUUCUGCAAACAGGCCACCCUGCAGUUCUGUGUGGUGAAACCCCUCAUGGCCAUCAGCACAGUGAUCCUCCAGGCCUUUGGCAAAUACAGAGACGGAGACUUUGAUGUCACCAGUGGCUACCUCUACGUGACAAUCAUCUACAACAUCUCAGUCAGCCUGGCCCUCUAUGCCCUCUUCCUCUUCUACUUUGCCACUCGGGAGCUGCUCAGCCCCUACAGUCCCGUCCUCAAAUUCUUCAUGGUCAAGUCGGUCAUCUUCCUUUCCUUCUGGCAAGGUAUGCUUCUGGCUAUCCUGGAGAAGUGCGGGGCCAUCCCCAAGAUCCACUCGGCCGAGGUGUCGGUGGGGGAGGGCACCGUGGCUGCCGGCUACCAGGACUUCAUCAUCUGUGUGGAGAUGUUCUUUGCCUCCCUGGCUCUGCGCCAUGCCUUCACCUACAAGGUCUACGCCGAUAAGAGGCUUGAUGCCCAAGUGCCGGCGUAUGGCCCUUACGGCCGCUGCGCCCCCAUGAAGAGCAUCUCCAGCAGCCUCAAGGAGACCAUGAACCCCCACGACAUCGUUCAGGACGCCAUCCACAACUUCUCCCCCGCCUACCAGCAGUACACACAGCAGUCCACCCUGGAGCACGGCCCCUCCUGGAGGAACGGCUCCCACGUGCUCGCCCGCUCCCACAGCCUCGGCGGCGGCGGCAGCAGCCGGGACAACGAGAAGACCCUCCUGCUGAGCUCCGACGACGAGUUCUAGGAGCGGCCUCCCCGAGCCCGGGGGCGCCGGCCUGGCUCCCACCCUUCUUUAAUUUAUUCACCCAGAAACACUCGAGUCCCAUCACUCCCCGAUGGCAGGAGGAGGGGCCCCCAGAGGAGGAGCAGGCCCAGGCGGGCUCCCCAGGAACACUCCUAAGUGACAAAGCAGGGGCCCCUGGGAUGGGGUCAGGGGCUAGGGCGAGUGGCCUGAGCUGGCGGGCACACCCGCGAGGUGUGGACAUGUGGGAGCCAGAUGGGGUGUCUGCCUCAAACCACGCCCCUCUUCUCCCCAGCCCCCACACUGCCUCCCUGGGCGAGCCAGGCCCCCCAGGCCCAGGGAUGGGAGCAAGCGCAGCGCCUCCCUCCCCACCUAAUUGUGCAAUACUUCCCUCCCGCUUCCUUUGUUCCUGGUGGGUCUCUCCGCCAAGCUUUAGAGAGAGAAUUUGGAAGGAGCCUGGGCCGUCCGUCCCUCCCUCCCCCUGGGAGACGUGGGUCCAUUCCUCACCUCACCUGAGCUCCAGAGACCCCCCAGCUUUCCUCUGGGGAGCUGAUGGCCCGGGUGGGAGGCCUCAGGCUUGGCCCUCCUCUCUCUGACCCUUUUCUCUAUGACCUAAUUAGCCCCAGAGGCCGGAAAGCUGGCCCUGCUAAAUGCCGGGAGGGAGGGAGGAUGGCUCCGGCCUCCCAAUCCUGGCCUGGCAGGUCUUGUGUGUGCCUUAGUUUCACUGCGAUCUCCGCCCCUGCCCUCCCUGCCAGGGGCGGCCGCCUGGUCCCAGCCCCGCUCCAGGAGCCGGCUGCUGCCUGGCCGAGUGCCCCCAGGAUCCCGGGGCCGCGGGGGUCGGGAUGCCUCCCCGUUCACUCCUCCCUCGAGCCUCUGUCCAUCGGGAAAGGCUGCAGCGGUCCGUCUUCUCUUGUAGAGCUCUGGCGUGCAUGAAGCAUCCCUGGCCGCCCCCUCCCCCUCCGCCUGCCGCACCCCACGGGCUCCGUCCUCAGAGGCUCCUUGGGAGGGAGGCCGCCGGGCCCCUGGCUCCGCCGGGGUGAGCCGGGGGCAGGGCACGCUCCUCCCCGCCCUUUUUCUACGAUUAGUAUUUUCCGGUAGAGUAGCUCUUUGUAUAUCCAGAAGACUCGAAACCGUCGUCGAAUGCCGGCUGACCGGGCAGAGUCCCCUAGUUUUGUACCUCAGGUAGGCUCGCCGGCGCCCCACAAAGCAGCUCUCUCUAUUUUGGUCUCUGUGAUAUUUUAAGGUGCCGGGACAGGAGCAAGCGGAGAAGCGGAGAGAUUAUAUAAAUAUAUAUAUAUCUGUCUAUAUAUAUGAGAUAAUAUAGAUUGUACUGAAA